AUGGCGGAGUGCAACCGGGAACCGGAAAUGAGCAGGGUGUUUGAGGCGAGCCUUCUUUCUCUACCUCUAUUAUCCCCAGGGCAUCCGGCAGCCCUUUUCCGCGUCUCUCCCAAAAAAGAAGUUCUCCUGCUGGCUUUCCUUGGCGAGGAGUUGGGGGAGAGAAAAGGCACAACGUUGAUGGGGGGCUGGUAACAUUCAAGGAGGUAGUAGUGAAUAUCACUGACAGGGAGUUGACCCUGCUGGAUCCAUACUAAAGGGCUCUGUACAAAGAAGUUAUGCUGAAGAAUAAUGCAACAUGGACUCCCUAGGUGUUGAAAAAGACCACGAGGGAUAUGAACUAUGUGGUUUGUGCCAGAAGAGACUUCAGGGAUCAAGAUGGAUCAAGGAGGCAGGAGAUAAAUCAAAGGGACUUCCGUGGCAUUCCAGCCCAGCAAUCGUAUUGGAAAAGCAAGGAAAGGAAUAAGUGCUCUGUUCAUACAGGGACCCUCAGUUGUAAAUUAAGCUUUAAAAUAUAUUGCAGAAUUCACACAACACCGAAAACAGGUAAGUGCUUACAAUAUGGAAAGAGCUUCACUCAAAGCACACACCGUACUUGGCAUAAAAGAGUCCACAGCAGAAAAUGCUAGGAAUCAGGAUGGAUCAAAGACACAGAAUGGAAACCAGGCAAAGAAUUGGAAGAACAAAUCCGAUGCUUGUCAGGGUGUGGACUUCCAUGUCAUUCCAGCUGAACAAGAUAAAAAGGCUGUAAAGAGGAAGAAUGAGUGCCAUGUAUGUGCAAAGACCUUCAGUAGUCAGUCUGUACUUAAGAGGCACCAAAGUAUCCACACAAGAAAGAGACCAUAUAAACUCGGAGAUUGUGGUGAGAGCUUUGAUCAAAUAUCGGAUCUUAUUAGACAUCAAAUAAUUAAUACAGCAGGGGAACCAUAUACAUGUGUGGAAUGUGGAAAGAGCUUCACUAAGAAAAGAAAUCUUAAUAAUCAUCAAAGAAUCCACACUGGAGAGAAACCAUAUGUAUGUUUGGAAUGUGGAAAGAGCUUCACUAACAAAAGAAGUCUUAAUUAUCAUCAAAGAAGCCACACUGGAGAGAAACCAUAUGUAUGUUUGGAAUGUGGAAAGAGCUUCACUAACAAGAGAAGUCUUAAUAAUCAUCAAAGAAUCCACACUGGAGAGAAACCAUAUGUAUGUUUGGAAUGUGGAAAGAGCUUCAGUUGGAAGGAUACAUUUGACAGGCAUCAAUUAGGUCACACAGGGGAGAAACCAUAUAAAUGUUUGGAGUGUGGAAACAGUUUCAGUCUUCACCGGAGACUCACUUCACACCAAAGAAUCCACACGGGGGAGAAACCGUAUAAAUGCUUGGAAUGUGGGAAAAACUUCAGUCACAACACAAGCCUUGCUUCACACCAAAGAAUCCACACAGGGAAGAAGCCAUAUAAAUGCUUGGAAUGUGGAAAGAGCUUCAGUCACAGUGCAAGCCUUACUGUACACCAGAGACUCCACACAGGGGAUAAGCCAUAUAAAUGCUUGGAGUGUGGAAGAUGCUUUAGUCAGCGCCCACACCUUAUUUCACAUAAAAGAACUCACACAGGAGAUAAACCAUUUAAAUGUCUAGAAUGUGGAAGAUGCUUUAGUCAGAACCCACACCUUACUUCGCAUAAAAGAAUUCAUUCAGGAGAUAAACCUUAUAAAUGCUUGGAAUGUGGAAAAAGCUUUGGUCAUACAUCAAGUCUCACUUCACACAAAAGAGUCCACACAGGAGAGAAACCAUAUAAAUGCUUGGAGUGUGGAAAGUGCUUCAGUCAGAACUCACCCCUUAGGAUACACGAAAGACUCCACACAGGGAAUAAACCAUAUAAAUGCUUGGAGUGUGGAAAGAGUUUCAAUGACAAGGGAAAACUGAUUUUGCAUCAAAGAAUUCACACAGGUGAGAAACCAUAUACAUGCCUAGAAUGUGCAAAAACCUUCAGUCAUAGCUCAGCCCUUACUAUCCACGAAAGAAUUCACACAGGAGAAAAGCCUUUUAAAUGUUUGGAGUGUGGAAAAACCUUCACUGUGGGCUCACAGCUUACUUCACAUCAAAAAAUCCACACAGGAGAGAAACCAUAUGAAUGCUUCAAAUGUGGAAAGAGAUUCAGUCAUACCACAAACCUCACUUCACACCAAAGAAUCCACACAGGGGAGAAACCAUAUAAAUGCCUGGAGUGUGGAAAAAGUUUUAGUCAUACCUCAGGUCUCACUUCACACAAAAGAAUCCACACUGGAGAGAAACCAUAUAAAUGCUUAGUGUGUGGAAAGAGCUUCAGUCAGAGCUCACAUCUUACUUCCCAUAAGAGAGUCCACACAGGAGAUAAACCAUUUAAAUGUUUGGAGUGUGAAAAAAGCUUUAGCCAAAGCUCACAUCUUAAUCUUCAUAAGAGAACCCAUACUGGAGAGAAACCCUAUAAAUGCUUAGAGUGUGGAAAGAGCUUCAGUGUAAGCACAUACCUUACUUCACAUCAAAGAACGCACACGGGAGAGAAACCAUGGAAAUGCUUUGAGUGUGGAAAGCGCUUCAGUCAGAGCUCAGCCCUUACUAUACAUGAAAGAAUUCACACAGGGAAGAAACCAUAUAAAUGUUUGGAAUGUGGAAAGAGCUUCAAUAGUAGCCCACAGCUUAUUUCACACCAGAGAAUUCACACAGGGGUGAAACCAUAUAAAUGCCUGGAGUGUGGAAAGUGCUUCAGGUGGCUUACAUACUUAUCAAUGCACCAGAGAAUCCACACGGGGAUAAAACCAUUUAAAUGCCUGGAGUGUGGGAAGAACUUCAGGUGGUCUGCACAUUUCUCCUCUCAUCAAAGAAGGCACAAUGUGGAGACAGCAUAAAAUCCUCAGACUAUGUUAAAAGCUUUUGUUGUACAUCAAAUUUUCCUAGACAUUAAAGAAUCCACUGAGAGGAGAAACCUUAUCAAUGGCAAGUUAGGAAGGAACUUUAGAGAUUGUUCAUACUGUAACAGCAGAACUCACUUACUGAGCACUACAAGCCUUCCUCUAUCUGUUGCAAACCUCGCAUGAUAAACCUUGCAUCAUUUAUGCUGCUGCUGUUAUAGGUUGUUAUAAUAGUUGCAUAAAUGAAGCACAAAAUCUUCUGAACGCCAAGAUGAUUUAAUUAGUAGAACUAGAUUUUGGGUAUAGCACUACUAAAGAAUGGACAUAUUAUAGAUGAGCUAAGGAGUAUAUAGAUGCACACAAAUUUGUUAAAAACUAGAUUUUAUUUAUUGGUCAUAGGAAUACAAACGCCAGUGAUAUUUAUCCAUAUUCUUAUCUUCAUGUUUGUAAAAUUGAGCAUGCAUUGUAAUAAUCUUUUAAACAUAGGAAGUUGCCUUAUGUAGAACGCAGGCACUGGUCCAGCUAACACAGUAUUAUCUAUGCUGACUGGCAGCGGAUUUGUACUGCCCCUUCUAUUCCAGUGUUGUGAAAGUUGUUAAAAACUGUCCUGUCUCCUAGACUUUUGGGAGAUUAUAAAUUUUGUGUGUGUGCGCGUGUGUGUGUGCUGAGUCCCCUGUCCCUCCUGCUUUUGGUCGUCCCUGUUGGUUGUUUCUUUUUCUUAUUGUCACUGACUUCCCCUCUGGUUGAUGCAUUUUUGGAACUAUGUUUUUGUGAUGUUUAUUGUAUUAUGAACCGCCUUGGGUUCCAAGGGAGCAAGAUGGUCGACAAAUAUAAAAAUAAAUAAAAAUUUGAUUUCUGCCUCUGG